AUGUCUCAGACAAAAAAUCAUGUACCAACAGAAAGAAGAAAAUUUGGAUGGUUUAAGAAGAUAAUGCUGCAAAAUCAAAAAUUAAAUCAUGUAUCAAAUUCAAAUGAAAGAAAUGAUAAACAUGAAUCAAUCAAAGAUCAUGAUCAUUCACAUAAUCAAAGUUUAAACAAUCAUACCCAUCGAACGAACAAUCACAAUGAAUCAAAACCUAAUGAACAAAAGCCUCAGACUUUUACACAAGUUCAAAUACAACAACAACAGCCACCGCAUUCACCUAGUUCACCUCAAUCACCUCCACAACAACUGCGUCAUCAUCACAAUCAUCAUCAUCAUCCUACUAGUAUCAACUCAGAAAUAUCUGAAAAAAAUAGUAUUCAUACAAAAUUCGAUGAAACAAGUUUCCAUUCACAAAGAUAUAUUAAUAGAUUUACUGAUAAUUCAUCAAGUUUAAUUGCAGAAAAAUCAACUAUAAAUACAGAUCAAAUAAGUAAUUCAGAUAGAAUUACAAAUUAUAGUGAUAAUUUUUCAACAAUACCUAUAAAAUCAAUUGUUUCUGUUGAAAGUACAAAAAAUCCAAGUAUAUUAAGUGAAAUUAAUCAAAGUUCUUCUACUUCAAUUACUCAAUGA